AAGGUGCUUGCUGGGUCAAGUAUUUCUGCCUCAGAUAUAAGGAUGAUUUUGGACCCUGUGAAGGGCACAGUCUUCUUCUGUCUCACUGGGCUUGGCACCAUGGGGAACAUCUCAAUUUUUGUGAGUUACAUGCACAUGUUCCAAAACACAGAGAAGAAACCUAUACACCUCAUUCUUGCCCACUUGGCAUUCACAAACAUCAUAAUGCUUCUUUCGAAAGGGAUGCCGAAGACUAUAGAAGCCUUUAAUUUUAGAAACUUCUUAGAUGACACCAGUUGUAAAGUUGUUGUUUACCUGGCAAGAACAUCCCGGGGCCUCUCCAUCUGUACCAGCAGUCUCCUCACUGUGGUCCAGGCCAUCACCAUCAGCCCCAGACACUCCAGGUGGCAGAGGCUCACCCUGAAGACUCCACAGCACAUUGUUUCCUUGCUGUUCUUCUUUUGGAUACUCAAUUUCUUGAUCAGCAUGAAUUUACCAUAUUACAUCAAAAGUAUCAACAGUGUGAACAUAACACAGAUUAAAAAGGGCAUCAAUUAUUGCUAUUUUCUGCCAGAAAGCUGGAUAAUAAGAUGGAUUUUUCUCAUCCUCAUGGUCCUGAGAGAUGCAGUGUUUCAGGGAGCCAUGGGAGGGGCCAGUGGCUACAUGGUAUCUCUUCUCCACAAGCACCACCAGCAGGUCCUCUACCUUCAGAAGGCCAAGCUUCUCUACAGAACUCCCCCUGAGCUGAGAGCUGCCCAGAGUGUCCUCCUUCUGAUGCUCUGUUUUCUUUUCUUCUAUUGGGCAGAUUGUUUUAUUUCUUUAUAUUUUACUUUCUUCAUAGAGAAUUAUUCCAAAUUACUAUAUGUUCCAGAGUUUCUAACACUUGGUUAUGCAGUUAUCAGCCCCUUCAUACUUAUUCAGAGAGAUGGACAUCUGACUAAAUGUUGUCACACUCAGUAAGAGAGGUCAGGCAUUGAUAAAUGUCCAUGUAUCCUUU